AUGUCCUCCGGAACAGAAUCACCAGAACUGACUCUCGACAAAUUGGCAGAGCAGGUCACCAAUCUCGCAGGCCUGGUCUCCAGACAGGGCAAAGUGCUUAGCAAGACAGGCGAGCAGGUGCUCGAGAUGCAAAUAAAGGGCACCAAAGCUGAGGUCGAUGCAAUUGAGGUGCCCACAUUGCGUGGAGAACGCUCGAAGCAGGUCCAGCCUACUGUUGAUACAACUGAUUUUGUUACAAAUGAAGAUAUAGUUCAACUGGUUGGAGAGUUGCAAGGCCAACUUGAUAUCUUGGAACAGAGAACCAUCAGACGUACCGUGAACUCCGGUCUUGUGGCUCAGGAUGCCAUUGUUGCUCCACAGUUGAAUAUGGAUGGCUUGGAGCCAAGUCCUGGAACAUUCCCCAAGACCUUGGGUGGAUUCAACGCUCUCACCGAUGCGGAUCUCGUCGAUCUCUGCACGUUCUACGAUCUGUUGCCUCCUAACGAAGAGCAAGAACAGAGAAUGAACGAGUUUAUGAGCGGUGAGGCAGAAACACCAAAUUUGGAAGAUCUGCGAAUUGGUGCGAAGCCAGAAGAUUAUGAUCAGAAGGAAUUGGACUCGUUGUUUGACGAGUUGGCGAGGUAUAUUGGUGUGAGAAGCAGAAGGACUGAGGGCGCUUGGUAA